AUGAAGUCAUACUUGGAUGCUAAUGAUCUUUGGGAUGUGGUAGAGAUAGAUCCUGUUCCUGAAUUGUCAGAAGAUCCAACUAUUGCAGAGAUGAGAGCCCAUAGAGAUGCAGUCAAAAGGAGGUCAAAAGCCAUGACUUGCAUUCAUUCAGCAGUUUCCGAUGCAGUAUUCACAAAAAUUAUGACUUGUGAAACUGCAAAAGAAGCUUGGAAUGCUCUCAAAGUGGCUUUUCAAGAUAGCAGAGUUGUGGAGAAAGUCUUGGUGAGUUUACCAGAAAGGUUUGAAGUCAAGAUUUCCUCUCUUGAAGAUUCAAGAGAUCUCUCUCGAAUGACCUUGCCAGAAUUGAUCAAUGCUCUAGAGGCACAAGAACAAAGACGAGCAAUAAGAAGUGAAGAAGUCAUUGAAUGUGCUUUUCAAGCAAUAAACAAGGAUCAAAUUCGACAAGGUGAAAGAAAUUGUCAAGAAAAAAUAGCAAAGAUGAGAAGAAAAAUGGCAGAAAUCCUCCGUGUCCACACUCAAAUGGGACAUAUGGAGAGAGUUUGCAAAAAUAAAGGAAAAAGAGAACAUCACGUUCAGAUGGUUGAUGAACAAGAUGAGGAGCAACUUUUCAUGGCCACAUGUUUUGCAAGCAAUAAUUUCAAUACUGAAACUUGGCUAAUAGACAGUGGUUGCACUCAUCACAUGGCAUAUGAUGAAUCUAUAUUUAGGAAACUUGAUAAAUCGCAAAUCUCCAAAGUCAGAAUUGGAAAUGGAGAUUAUAUUGAGGUGAAAGGCAAAGGUAGUGUUGCUAUUGAUUAUGGUUCAGAUCCAAAUCCAAUUCCAAUACCAGUUGAUUCAAAUCAUGGGGGAGUUGAGAUAGAACAGAGAGAGGCUAUUGAUAGUAAUAAUACUGCUAUUGAUGAAUUUGAACAAGAGACACCACUAGCUCCAUCACCACCACAAGAUGUGUCUAGGAGAUCUAUUAGAGAGAGAAGACCUUCUAAUAAAUAUAAUCUUAAUGAAUAUGUGUUUCUGACAGAUGGAGGGGAACCAAAAUUCUACAAUGAGACUGGUUACAAGAUAUGCAUGAGAGAAAAAAAGACCGGUUACAAGAUAUGCAAAAGAAGUUGA